AUGUCUAGGGCGCUCGUGUGUACAGUUACUUGGCUAAUGUAAUAGUAGACACGAUUACUUCCUAUCAGAGCGGCAGUCCUUCAGCGACAUUUGCCGGAAAGAAAACAGCUAGAGCUACAGCUGCCGAGCUUGCAGAAGACCACUUUUGUAAUAUGGGGCCACAAACUGGUAAGCUUUUCUAUGGUCUAGCUUCAGCUCAAUACAUUCCUAUUGCCUCAAACUUGGUGCUAAAGAUAUUAUAGCGAACCCGGUCCUUACAUUCUAUGAAUCGAACAAUACAAGAUACGAAUUCACCGCUACCGAAUUUAUAAAAACCUCGCGACUUCCCGUUAAUGAUCCAUUUCCUGACGGCACCCCUUUUAUAUGGUUUAGAUCAUGGUAAGAAAGACUUGGGUUUUUUUUAGCAGGUGAAAAAACAGUAUACAAUAAUAACCAUAGCUACUUAGGAAUCAUGAGCGCAUUACGAAUGAAGCCAAAGCCUUGGAGUUAGUCUCUCAAACAAAGAUUCCUGUGCCAAAACUACUUGAUUACGGAGAAUAUUCGGAUGGUCGGCGGUAUUUGGUCACAGAGUUUAUAUCGGGCGUUCGUCUAAAAGAAUUUCUACACCGAGGUUGUUCAAUGGCAACGGGACAAAAGCACACAGACAGUACCCCAUGUGAAACAUGUUUAAACCAGGCUUACUUGAAUGCUCUCCAGUUCAUCGAAAAGACUGUUUUUCCCGAGCUGGCGAAAUUAACAUCUCAAGAACGAGGCAUCGACGGAUUUGUUAUGCACCCCCAGUGGCUUAGCCCUGACACUGAGCCUCCGUGGAAAGGCAAAGAAAGUUGGAAGACUCUCCCUCUAGAGAAGUCCUCAUAUGUUUUUCAACACGGCGACCUCGGGGCUCACAAUAUCAUGAUGAACCCAGAAACUCUUCAACCUAUAGUCUUAUUUGAUUGGGAAUAUGCUGGUUACUUCCCACCAGGAAUGGAAAGAUGGCCCGGAUCUCUAGACUGGAAAGCCUACCGUGAGCGUGGCGAUAAACUAGCCGAUGCAAUAGCGAAGUUUCUUCCUGAGGAGUAUAUCGAAUGUUAUGAUAAAUGGGACGACAAGGCAGAGUUAGAUAAAUUGAUUAAAUCUGGGGAACUUCCGCAUCCUAAUCAACUAAGAUAG